CUCGAGGUAAGGCAUGUUGUUGCGCGUCGCGUAUUAACGUACGUAUAUAUUCGCGCUGCUUCGACAUAUCCUCUUUUCAUCUAUCGCGCGUGUGUUCAUAAUCUUACUUCUCGUACCGCGCUUUCCAACCACGCGGUUUCCGGCACGCGUUUCCGUUGUUCGCGUCGGCGGCGGAAGUGCGCGUGUCACCCGAAAGCCGACAGAUCGAAUCGAAAUAAAUCGGCAAUACGACAAACCGGUUCGCGCAUCGCGUGAGUGCGCCACGGCGUGCGCACACGAUCGUAGUGUGUACGUGAAGGGGGCAGGGGGGUGAACCUUAUCUUUUUUGGGGGACGAAAAAUUGCGAACAGUCCUGGCCGUCCCCGCGCCGGGAAGAAAUGUAUCGCCAGAUGUUUUUUACGUGCCAAGUGCAGUACCUCAAUGACGUCGAUCCGUUCAGUUAUCCAACCCUCUAUCCGGAUGUUAACCCUCCUGAUCACACCUUCAGCGCGACCUUGCCGCUAAUCAAUCAGCUUGCCGCUGUGCAUCGGCUCCUUCGGGCACCUCACAGGCUCGAUGACACGGCGCUCCAGUUGUACAAGGGCGGCGAUUAUGGUGCUUACCUGGACCUUGAAGCCUCCAUUAAUGAGCAACAGGAAGAGUUUGAGGGCUUUCAUGAAGGUGAAAGCCGGAAGAACGCGAUCAUUCUCAGAACCCAACUGUCCGUGAGGGUUCACACCAUCAUAGAAAAAUUGCUGAACAGCGAGGGCCGCGAGCUGCGACGGGCUCUCUUCUCCCUCAAGCAGAUUUUUCAGGAGGACAAGGAUCUGGUACACGAAUUUGUGCAAAAUGACGGACUCGCCUGCCUGAUCAAAGUCAGCAGCGAAGCCGACCAGAAUUACCAAAAUUACAUUUUACGAGCACUCGGCCAGGUGAUGCUGUAUGUCGACGGUAUGAACGGGGUGAUGGAACAUGGGCAGACAGUGGAAUGGUUAUAUACGUUAAUUGCUAGUCGUUUUCGGCUGGUGGUGAAGACGGCGUUGAAACUACUGCUCGUGUUUGUGGAAUACGUGGAAACAAACAGUCUGCUAUUGGUCAGAGCUGUAAGGGCGGUCGAUCAAGCGAGGGGCGUGGUACCGUGGAUUAAUGUAAUGAAACUCCUGAAGGAUUAUGAUGCCGCCGACACAGAGUUGCUUAUAUACGCAACAACUUUGAUCAACAAGUGUUUGAACGGUAUCCCCGAUCAAGACACAUACUACGAUCAAGUGGACUGCCUGGAGGAACAGGGUAUGGAGGGCGUUAUCCAGAGGUACAUGUCAAAACAGGGCACAGAUCUCGACCUGCUCAGGCAGUUUCAGAUUUACGAAGCGGUACUGCAUCACGAAGAUGGAGACAGAGGAUCGCCUAUACGCCAAUUGGAUGACAAUAUAAGAAAAACUUUACGAAACCGAAAGUCUCUAGUGGAUUCUCACGAAAGGCGAAAGUCUCGGAGGCAUUCUACGGGUAAUUCACCCCUGUCAAUGUCUCUGAAUGCACGGCUGAGUCCACGAUUAAAUCAUUCUCUGGGUGUGAGUACGUUGAAUAACACCUUGAAUUCAAACUUACCAGAUGAUGACGACGAAUCAAGUAGUUCUCAAAGUUCUCAGGGUCAUCUAGGUGAAGUUCAACUCAAUGGUAGUUACAAAGAGAAUAAAGUGGACGUUGGUGUUACACCAGCGCUGAGACGACGAAGAGAACGCGCGGAGAGACAGAGGAGUUUCAUUAGAGAGCAACAAGAGGCUACUGCAAACCUGAGAGCUUCGCUUGGUCACACCGAUGAUCAGGAAAGUCAGUUCGCAACAAACAGUCUACGAUAUACAAACGGUAUCUCUUAUGAGAGGAACGCUGAUUCUCCUUCGAACAAGUUGUCCAGAACGAACAGCAGAAAAGACUUGACGCCCUUGAUGAAUGCCGCGAACAAGCUCGACUCGGAGGAGAAGAAACCAUGGUACGGCAAAAGUCCCAACGAAGGUGUCGAGUACAACGAGAGUAAUCACAUCGACGAAGACGAGGAUCGUCGAGUGGUUCUACAGCUUAAGAGGGAAGGAACUGUCAAGGAUCUCACUCAGAAGUUGGCAGCACAGAAUCUUAUACCUAGCAGCCCUGUGGAGGAGAAAGUUUCCAGGAUAGGAGAUAUGAGUGGGUUGAUCUCGAAGGCAAAAGAAGGUCUAGCGAAGUCGAAGUCAAAAGCGGACGUACUAAAAUCGCCAACCAGCGAUAAUUUGCCGAAACUGCAGGAAACGAAGAAAUCAGAGAAUGAACUGCACUGGGAAGAACUGGUAAAGAAACUGAAGAGACCAUUGGCACUUUGCGACUUGGAUUUCACUGAUCUAAAUUCCGAAGAUGAGAUCGAUGUGUUGGGAUCUGCUAAUGUGACGAAUGGAGUGCCACCGCCGCCACCACCGAUGGCACCUUCAAAUGGAGACACUUCGGCACCUCCGCCACCGCCGUUGGGAGCGAGAUUGCCACCGCCUCUUCCUCAGGGUCCCCCGCUGCCAUUCGGUGUCAGCUUGAAGAUGUCGAGGCCAUCGCCACUAACUAACGAGACCAGUAACACGCCAAAGAGUCCGCCAUCGUUGCUCGCGAAGAAGAGCAAGAAGACGGUGAAGCUGUUCUGGAAGGAAGUACGAGACGAUCCCAACAUUCUUGCACGGCUCGACAAACACAAGAUGAUCUGGGACGAACUAACGCCUGUGGCCGUCGACACACAAAAGCUCGAGCAUCUUUUCGAGAGUCGCGCUAAGGAUCUCAUCACCAAGAAACAGCAGGAGAUGAACAAGAACAAGGAAAUUAUUGUGCUAAAUCAUAAAAGAUCAAACGCCAUCAACAUUGGUAUGACGAAACUACCGCCACCAAGAUCCAUCAAGACUGCGAUUUUGAAAAUGGAUGCUACAAUCAUGAAUAGAGAGGGUAUCGAGAAACUCCUAACGAUGCUACCUACUAAGGAAGAAAAGUCCAGGAUACAAGAGGCACAGGCUGCCAAUCCUGACCUUCCCUUAGGAUCGGCUGAACAGUUCCUUCUAACUUUGACCUCCAUCUCGGAAUUGCCAGCAAGGCUAAAGCUGUGGGCAUUCAAGCUAGACUUCGAAAAUUCCGAGAAAGAAAUCGCAGAUCCUUUAAUGGAUUUGAAACAGGGUAUGGAGACUUUGCGAGUGAAUAAAACGUUCCGUGGGAUUCUAAGCACACUCCUUUCGAUCGGGAUAUUCCUCAACGGAAAUGAGGUGAAGGGCUUUCAACUAGAAUACCUCGUCAAAGUACCUGAAGUGAAGGAUACGGUUCACAAACACUCGUUGCUUCAUCAUCUUUGCCACAUGGUGAUGGAGAAGUUUCCGGAUUCUACGGACCUCUAUUCCGAGAUUGGUGCGGUAACGAGAGCCUCGAAAAUCGAUUUCGACGAGCUGGCGGCGAACAUCGCGAAACUCGAGAGCGAGUGCAAAGCAUCUUGGGACCAUCUCAAGCUCAUUGCGAAGCAUGAUGGUUCUACGAUGAUGAAGGUCAAGAUGUCUGAUUUCCUUGCUGAUUGUGCCGAAAGGAUAAUCGUCUUAGGCAUCGUUCACAGACGUAUCAUAAACCGUUUCCGCAAAUUCAUUCUGUGGUUGGGUAUACCACUGCACAGAAUACAAGACACAAAACCAAACGAGUUUUGUAGAAUUGUGUCCGAAUUUGCUCUGGAGUACAGAACCACUAGGGAACGAGUGAUACAGCAGCUCGAGAAGAAAGCCAAUCAUCGAGAACGCAAUAAGACCAGAGGGAAGAUGAUAACAGAGGUCGGCAAGUUUCGUACAAAAGAGGAUCGAGCGGACGCGGAACUCAGACAACUACUUGGCAGUGACAUUUCAGAUGUCGAGAGUAUCCACGGCACUUUACCAUGGAGAAGACAGAAGAAAGACGGGCGUAUAAUUUCACUGGGUCCGGUACUCAGGGACGAAAGCACCAACGGUAACUUAGCUGAUGGAGUUGACGAAUUAUUGGAAUCUUUGGUGAAAACCGCAACAAAAACGCCAGCUACUAGAACUACGCCACGCGAACGCAAGAGGACCAGACACGCCGAUCGUAAGUCUUUGCGUAGAACGUUAAAGAACGGUCUCUCGGAAGAGGAGAAGAAGCACAUCGCCGCCUACAUCAAGGGCUAUUGACUGUGAUAAUACUCAAAGGCCACGACAUGCUUUCACGAAACGAGACGAAGAAAGAACUGGAAGUUAAUACUGCGAAGGGGCGGAACAGUGGAAGCUCGGUGAAAACAUUGCGACCUCUCCGUCGUAGAUCUUCGACUAUAGGAUUCUGUUUUCCCCUAUUAUCAGGACGCUCCGAGAUCGGACUGCAUCGACGAUCGACUCUGCGACACUCUCUGACUCGUUGACGUUCGAGUUCGAUAUUCGCGUGAAGCCCCAUGUGCACUUCGUGUGUGCACCUGUCGUUCGAUUUGCUAAGGUAGGAUAAUAAGUAUGA